GUCGGUCUGGCUGCCUGCACCCUGUUUUCGAGUGUCUCAUUAUAGACAUUGGUCUGCACAUUUUAUUGUAAAAAAAAUGGACUGAGUUAAAAAUGAAAGCGGGUCGCUUUUCGCCGGUAGCGUUGACGAGACCGAUGAGCAGAGAGGUCACGUAUUAUUUUUAAAAAAUUUAGCUCACAGUUUAUAUAUUCUGCCGCAUUUUGUGUAAACUGGAAAGUGAAAAAGACAAAGAGAAAGGCUUUCCAUUAGAGAUGGUUUGGGCCUAAAAGAAGACAGAAGAGGUGCUGUUCCUUUAAAGAAGUUUCUUGUGGUGUACAGAAACCUCCAGGCAGUGGUGGGGGAGGGAGAUGGUUGCCAGUGAAGGACGUUCUCAUUGGUUAGGUAUCUUCAAAGCUGUGACGUCACACGGAGGAGAGGCAUCACUGGGAUAAAAUAACAUCUCCUUAUAUGGAGCAAGCUGGCCUGUUCCAUUUUAGGAGAGAGCAACAUGAACCGUGAAGACCGGAAUGUGCUACGUUUGAAAGAAAAAGAAAGGCGAAAUCAAGAAAUCCAGCAGGGAGGAGUGGCCUUCCCAGCUAACUCCCCUCUCUUUCCCGAGCCUUAUAAAGUUUCCAGUAAGGAAGACAAACUGUCCAGCCGCAUUCAGAGCAUGCUGGGAAACUACGACGAGAUGGACAAGGAGCUGAUGGGAGAGACGACGCUCCCGAAGCUCAUGCCCAAGCCCCCAGGCUCCUCUUCCUCGGAGGAGAAGUCCUCGCAGUCCCUCUUUGGGGACCAGCAGCGCGGCGGCGGCGGCCAGAGCAGCAAAUGGACUCCGGUCGGGCCGGCCGCCGGCGCCUCGUCCCAGUCGCAGAAGCGGUCGGGCCUGCCGGGCGGCCACGGCGGGAGCCAGAGGCCCGCGGACAGCAGCAGUAGCGGCGGAGGCGGCAGCAGCCAAAGACAGCGGGACUACAGCGGCAGCAGCGGCAGCAGCAGCAAGAAGUCCAGCAAGCACGCCUCGGACCACUCCAAGUCCCACACGUCCAGCCCGGCCAAGGGCCACGGCCGGUCGCACGGCGGCGAGCACCACGGCAAGGAGCGCUACCGCUCCAAGUCUCCGCACGAGCGCGAAGCGAGCUGGGACUCGCCGUCGCGCGUGCACAACUCCUUCCCCAGCGGCCAGCACUCCAGCCAGGCCUUCCCACCCUCGCUCAUGUCCAAGCCCAGCUCCAUGCUGCAGAAGCCCACCGCCUACGUGCGCCCCAUGGACGGCCAGGAGACCAUCGAGCCCCGGACGUCGUCGGACAGCUACGGCGGCCAGUCGCACGGCGCCGGCGGUGUCGGGGAGAUGAAGUCCAGCAGCAAGGCCUCCCUGUCCAAGCUCAAGAUCCCCUCACAGCCUCUGGAGGGGUCCAUGUCAGGGGAUACCAACUGUGUAGAUGAGAUCUUAAAGGAAAUGACCCAGUCGUGGCCUCCACCAUUAACGGCCAUUCACACCCCCUGCAAAACGGAGCCGUCAAAGUUUCCGUUCCCCUCAAAGGACACCCAGCACCCAAGCUUCCCCGGCGGACACAAGAGGUAUAGUUCAUCAAAGGGGUCCUCGAACAGCCACCAGUCCAAACCAUGUGACGCCGAUCAAGCCAACAUGCUGGAAAAUGACCUGAAAAUCAGCAGCAGCGAAGACAGUGACGGAGAGCCGGAUUCGGCGAAAAAUGCCUCGAGGAACGCGUCCGCAAGCAACAACAGCGAAGGGGCGGAGCACUCGCGGGAGGACUCCAGCAGCCACAGCGGCUCGGAGAGCAGCUCUGGCUCGGACAGCGAGAGCGAGAGCAGCUCCAGCGACAGCGAGGCCAACGAGCCACCCCGCGCCGCGUCCCCCGAGCCUGAGCCGCCCACGGCCAACAAAUGGCAGCUGGACAACUGGAUCCACAUAGUCAGCAAGUUCUCGCCAGCGUCCCCGGUGGACAACAACGUCCCCACCAAGUACAAGAAGGAGGGCCGGGAGCAGGGGUCAGGCCGCUACAGCGGUCAGGGCGGGUCAAAGGACUCAGGCGGGUCUGCCCCGGGCAGGGACCUGCGGGCCGCCCAGAAGGGCUCGGAGAGCAGCGGGCGCGGUCGGCAGAAGUCGCCCGCCCAGGGCGAGGGGGGCACCGCCCAGCGCAGGACGGUGGGCAAAAAGCAGCCCAGGAAAUCAGAGAAGCCCCCCGUGGUGGAGGAGCCCAAGGGGGGGCUGAAAGUGGAGAGCGAGCCGCCCCCGGAGAUCCCGCCUCACAGGCCCAAAGCCGCCACCAAGGGCUCCCGGAAGCCCAACAUCAAGAAGGAGCCCAAGCCGUCCCCCCGGCCCGCCGCCGACAAGCGCAAGUGCAAGACCCCCGGCAAGACCUCCCAGAAGUCCCGGGAGUUCGUGGAGACGGACUCCUCCUCCUCGGACUCGGAGGAAAACGACAGCAUUCCCUCCUCGUCGCAGACACCCAAGUACGCGGAGAGCAUCAGGACUCCCGUCUGCAUCUUCUCCCCGCUGGAGGAGAAGGAGCUGCUCUCCCCGCUCAGCGACCCCGACGACCGUUUCCCCGUCCGCCAGGUGCUCAUGGUCAAGAUCGACCUCAGCCUCUUGUCCCGCGUCCCCGGGCAGCCCUUCAAGGACCUGGAGCAGCCCAAACCGGACCGGGACAGUGCCAUGGAGAGGGACGGGAAGGACUUCCAGAAACAGUCCAACGAAAAGCCGUCCAAGGGGAAGAGGAAGCACAAGAAUGAUGAAGAUGCCAUCAAGAGUGAAGGCAAGAAACCCAGGCUAGAAGACAAGGGUCCAUCGCACCACAAGUCCAGUGGCAAAGAUUCGUCCAAGAGGGGCGGCGAUAAGGAGAAGGAGUCGGUCCCCUCGCCCUCCAUCAUGGGGCUGCAGAAGACGCCGAAGGCGGAGCAUCAGAGCCGGAAGCGCACGGCCAGCCAAUCGUCGACCUCCAUUUCCAGCAGCGCCAGCAGCAGCAAAGACGGCGGCCACGGCGCCAAGAGCGGGGGCUCCUCGUCCAAGCACCGCAAAGUGGAGGACAAGCAGGGCAGAGCGGCCAAGGAAGGAAAGGACAAGUCCUUGAAGAACGCCGAAAGCCAGCCCAGCGCCCCUCUCCUCUCCUCAGAAGGUUCAAAGUUGCAGAGAUCAAAGCUCACGUUCGAAGAUCGGGUGCACUCCGCUGAUUACUACCUACAAGAGGCGAAGAAGCUGAAACAUAACGCAGAUGCACUGAUGGACAGGUUCGAGAAGGCGGUGUACUACCUGGACGCCGUGGUGUCGUUCAUCGAGUGCGGCAACGCCCUGGAGAAGAGCGCGCAGGAGGCCAAGUCCCCUUUCCCCAUGUACGCCGAGACCGUGGAGCUCAUCAAGUACACUAUGAAGUUAAAAAGCUACAUGGCUCCUGAUGCUACUUCAGCUGACAAAAGGCUAGCAGUGCUCUGCCUCCGGUGCCAGUCUCUCCUCUACCUGCGGCUCUUCAAACUAAGGAAAGAAAGCGCACUGAAAUAUUCCAAGACCCUCACUGAACACUUGAAGAAUUCCUUAAGUAAUACGCAGGCUCCUUCUCCUGGAAUGGGAAGUAAGGCGGCCGGCAUGCCCUCCCCGGUCUCCCCCAAGCUCUCCCCCGGCAGCGCGGGCAGCUACUCCUCCGGGAGCUCCAACCCCAGCGGCGGCUCCUCCGUCACCAUCCCCCAGCGCAUCCACCAGAUGGCCGCCAGCUACGUCCAGGUCACGUCCAACUUCCUCUACGCCACCGAGGUGUGGGACCAGGCCGAGCAGCUGGCCAAAGAACAGAAAGACUUCUUCGCCGAGCUGGACAAGGUGAUGACCCCUCUGAUCUUCAACACCAGCAGCAUGACAGAACUGGUGCGGUACACACGGCAGGGCCUGCACUGGCUCAGGCUGGACGCUAAGCUCACACCAUGAGGGGCAAGCCCCCUCAGAUAUAUCCAUAACACUGUGUCCAUUUCUAUAACAGUUUUGCCAAAAAACCCCACAGAAACACUGAACAAAAUGAACACGAGAAACUAGCAACUACAAGAGCCCCUAUGGUGAUCAUGAAAUUGGAGAGGGAGUUGGGGGGGAUGUCAUUCCUACUCUAUACAAGUCAGAAAAUACAGCAUUCUUAUCCGCACUCUCUCCUGUCAGGUACCUUUGGGUUGUGUAAAGUAAAAAAAAAAAAAAAAAGCCAUCUUUCUCUUUGGCCUGAAGCCAUUGCUUUGUUGUCAUAGAAACACACUAAAGGAUUUUGUUUUUA